UAAAUUAAAAAGGAAAACCAAAUCCAUAAAUUUCUCUCUUCUUGACUCUUCCCUAUACAAACACACACCAUAUAUAAAUACCAAAAUCUCUUUCCCCUCCAUCACUUCUCCCACCUCUCCCUCGCUCUCUCUUCUCUCACUCCGUGUCUCCCAUCAUCAAUACGUACAUAUCCUCCGCACAAGCUUUCGAUUUUCGGUUUCUAUACUCGAUUUGGAGGCCGGCCCUGUUGAGAUUUCAAUCGGUUUCUUGUUUUUGGAGUUAAGGCGAAAUCCGCUCCAACGGCUUCGAACGGGUGGCGGAAAACGAAAAGAGGGAAAAGGAAGGGUUCGUCUUGAUUCAUUGGGGGUGCUCUGUUUUUCUUUGCUUCCGGUAAUGGCGAUACAAGCGCAGUUCUACGGCUCUCAGGAAUGGCCGGUGGUGGAGAAUGGGUUCGUUCCCGGUGUCGCCGGAGCUGGUUUCAUGAACAACAAUUCCUGCUUCUUGAUCAACAACCUCGAGCAGCAGCAACAGAAGCAGCAGCAGUUUCAUAACAACAAUCUUCAGCAGCAGCAACAACAGAGGAAUGGGGGAACAAAUCUCAUUAAUAAUAAUAAUGGCUUCUUCGUUUCCAAGAUUGGGGAAGAAAAGCCCGCCCCUGCUUCCACCGGACUUCAGAUUCCGUCGGCCAUGACGACCAACAGUAACACGGUGAAUCCCUCUGUUAAUUCUCUCGCUGCCUAUGAACAGAAGCAGAGGCAAGAAAUCGACCACUACAUUAGAGUACAGAACGAGAGGUUGAGAUUGAUGCUGCAAGAGCAGAGAAAGCAGCAGCUAGCCCUGCUGCUGAAAACAAUCGAGUCCAAGGCCACGGUUCUCUUGCGGCAGAAGGACGAGGAAAUCGCUCGCGCGGCGAAGCGGGCGACGGAGCUGGAGACGUUUCUGAGGAGGUUGGAGAUGGAGAAUCAGGCGUGGCAGAGGGCGGCGAAAGAGAACGAGGCGAUGGCGAUUUCGCUGAGCCACACUCUGGCUCAAGUGAGGGAGAACUCGUCGCUUAUGAUGAUGAACAACAACAACAACAAUAAUAUGAACGGCGGUUUUGGUGGCGGAGGAGAGGUGGCCGACGACGCCGAGUCGUGCUGUCGCGAGAAGGGAGAUGAGGAAGAAGAAGGCGAAAAGGAGGAGACGACGAGCGGCGGAUACGGCGUCGUUUGCAAAAGCUGCAAUUCUCGGGGAGCGUGCGUUUUGUUCCUUCCGUGCAGGCACCUUUGUUCAUGCAGAGCUUGUGAUGGCUUUCUUGAUCGCUGCCCGCUCUGCCAAACGCCGAAGAAGGCUUCCAUUGAGGCUUUAAUGGCCUGAUUUGAUGCCUCUUCUUUUUUACCGCGGUGAAAAAGGGAAACAGGAGGAGUAGGGGAAAAAUUAAAUGAAUUUUUUUGUUCUUUUGGGAAGGGAAGGGAAGGUUGGUUGGGGAGAUUGACUGUGACUAGUGGUGAGAGUGGUGGGGGCAAAAUGUGGUUGGAGGGUAAAUAUUUUUGCCAGUUUAGGAGGGUUUUCUUUUUUUAACCCCAUUUGGUUGGGGUAAAGUUUGAUUAGACUAGGAUUUUGGUCAUUGUACAACAAAAUGGUGACAGGCAAAAACAUCAGUAUCAAUGAAAGUGGACAGGAACU